CUGCGGCGAUGCUGACCAGGUUUCUAGGCCCACGCUACAGGGAGCUGGCCAAGAACUGGGUCCCCACAGCCAGCAUGUGGGGCACUGUGGGUGCCGUGGGGCUGGUGUGGGCCACGGACUGGCGGCUCAUCCUGGGCUGGGUGCCCUACAUCAACGGCAAGUUUAAGAAUUAG